AAAUAUACUAUAAUUUAUUAUUUUAAUAUUGCAUAUUUGCAAUUUGCAUAUUAUUUGCACUCCAUGUUUACAUCCGGCAUAAUAUUUCAUAGUUCAUACAAUAAACUUCGAAUGAUUAACUCAUGUCCUAUUCUAUAUCCUCAAGUCCGUAGUCCGUGCUCAUACCGAAUCAUGUAGAUCAUUAAUCGUAUUAUUACUCUUAUAUACCAAAUAUAAUACAUUUAAAUUAUUAAUAAAAAUAAAUAAUAAUAUAUAUCAUAUUCGAUCACAUUGCUCACAUCAAACAUUCACAAUAUAUUGAGUAAUUAUUGAAAACUACUAAUACAUUUGUAUUAUUUUUUUUUUUCAUUUUAAGAAGUGUAUUAAUUGUUAUAAUUAUCUAUAUAAAAUCAUUAGUACCUAGAUUAUUUGUUUAAAAUUUACUAUGGCUGUACCGUCUCCAAAAUCACCUGAACAGUCAGAACGAAGUCGAAAAUAUGACAGACAACUGAGAUUAUGGGGUGAUCAAGGGCAGCAAGAUUUAGAAACUGCUCAUGUGUGUUUAAUUAAUGCUACGGCAUUAGGAACAGAGAUAUUGAAAUCAUUAGUAUUACCUGGUAUUGGAGCAUUCACUAUAAUUGACAAUGAAGUUAUAACUGAAGAGGAUAUAGGUUCUAAUUUCUUCCUUACAGCAGAUAGAAUAGGAGAAAAAAGAGGAUCAAUUGCUUCACAACUCUUAUGCGAAUUAAAUCCAGACACACGAGGUCACUUUAUUGAUGAAUGUUUACUAAAGUUAUUAGAUUUGAAUCCCGGUUUAUUUAAUACAUUUAACGUCGUUGUCACUACGUCGCUACAUGAGAAAGAAAUUAUUGAUUUGUCUCAUAAGCUAUGGAUUUACAAUAUUCCUCUUUUAGUAUGUCAAAGUUAUGGAUUUUUUGGUUCUAUGAGACUUCAGCUUGCUGAACAUACUAUGAUCAAAACCCAUCCAGACAACCAGAAUCCUGAUCUUCGGUUAGAUUGUCCAUUUCAGAAACUUAAAGCACAUUUUGAUACUUAUGAUCUAGAAGCUCUCGAUCUUACAAAUCAUUUGCAUGUUCCUUAUCUUGUAAUAUUAUAUAAACAUUUAGAAAAAUGGUGUAAUGAUAUUGGUGAUGUCAAUGUACUGCCUGAAACAUAUAAGCAAAAACAAGUUAUCCGGGAAAAUAUAAAAAAUAGUAUUAGAAAACAUGAAAAUGGUACUUUGCAUCAUGAAGAGAACUUUGAAGAAGCAAUUCGAUCUGUUAAUUUUGCAUAUAAUCGUACAUCAUUGUCAGAAAAUAUACAGCUUAUACUUAAAGAUGAAAAGUUAAUGAAUUUGACAUCAAAUAGUCAACCUUUCUGGAUAAUGGCUAGAGCGCUCAAGGAUUUUGUAAAUAAUGAAGGAUGUGGCAGGCUUCCAGUUCGUGGAACACUACCCGAUAUGACAGCUGAUACUUUUAAGUACAUCAGUUUGCAACAAUUAUAUCAUGAGCAAGCUGCCAAAGACGCAGAGGCAGUCUACAACCGUGUCCAACAACUUCUUCAGAAUGUUAACCUCCCUGAUGAUACAAUCACGGAACAAGAUAUUAAAAUAUUUUGUAAACAUGCAUCUGAGUUAUGUGUUAUUAGAGGUACACGAAUAGCUGAUGAGUAUGAACGUAAGGGAAAUGCUGAUAAUGAGAUAUCUCAAAGCCUUGAAGAUCCAGACAGUUUGAUCGAACAUUAUAUCAUACUGCGUGGUAUAGAAAGAUUCUAUUCGGAAUAUUAUACAUACCCUGGUGAAAUUGAUGAACAAGUUGAACCUGAUAUUCCCAAGCUUAAGUUAUGCAUAUCCAAACUAUUAAGUGAAUGGGGUUGUAUGUCUUCUACAAAAGAGGACUACAUACAUGAAUACUGUCGCUAUGGCAAGUCUGAGUUGCACAGUGUAUCUUCGUUUAUUGGUGGUUGUGUAUCACAUGAGAUAAUAAAAAUAAUCACACGACAAUAUAAACCAGUAAACAACUCGUUUGUAUAUAACGCUAUUAACUGCAGUACAGAAUCUUUUACAUUGUAAUCUAUCUUAAGACUUUAAGAACCAAUAAUUAGAAGUAAAAUUAUUUAAUAUUAUUUUUUCUCUCUUCAAUGUGAAACAAAUAUAAUUUUUAAUUAUUUUUAAAAAAAUCUUAUAAAUAAUAAAAAUACUCAUUAUUUUA